AUGGAUAUCGAUGAGCAUGAACACUUUAUGCGAGAAGCUCUUCUCGAGGGUGAGAGGGCGUUGAUUCGAGCGGAAGUGCCUGUGGGAUGCGUGUUUGUACACAAGGGCGAGAUCAUCGCCAGCGCUUCAAACCGUGUCAACGAGCUCUGCAAUGCCACAAUGCACGCCGAGAUUGUAGCAAUUGAAGCAAUCGCUGCCAAGUAUGGUGACAAGGCUUGCGAAGUUUUGGCCGACUGCACGUUGUACGUGACGUGCGAGCCGUGUAUUAUGUGCGCAGGAGCGCUCGCUCAUGUGUCAAUCAAGCGUGUGUACUUUGGCUGCCACAACGACCGCUUUGGAGGGUGCAGCUCCGUGCUUAACUUGCACGAGCGCAGGUGCCUGACAGGAGAUUAG